AUGAAGAGGAGGAGGAUCGUGCGCCCGACCUUCCCCGCCCUAAACUCUUCAAGAGGACAGCGAAAGAGGAAAGACGUGGAGACAUGCGCUUGGGCACAGAUGUUGGAGGAUAAGGACCUCGAAGACAGCAACACCAUAACCUCCAAGCAGUUUCGCCUUGACUUGCGCGUCCCCUACAGCUUCUUUCUGCGGCUCGUGGCGUUGGUGAAGAGCAAGGACUGGUUCUCCACUUCUGGCUGCGAUGCAGCAGGUCGACAAAGCCACCCAGUGGAGCACAAGGUAGGCUGA